CCCUCCCCUUCCCCUCCUCUCCCCCUCGCCCACGUCCUUGGCCCCACCCCUAUACCCUCAUCCCACUCACCCUCCUACACCAUGGCAGAAACAUCCGACAGAGACUUCGCCAUCGAAUAUGUCUGCGCAAAACGGAUGCAUCGAUCGUUUACGAUUCCGGGGACUGAGACGCGCAAGCCGCUAAAAGUCACCUAUGCGAUAGCAGGGCUAGAGAAUGACGAUGCGCCGACGGUGGUUUUUAUAUCGGGCAUGUAUGGGAUGAGGUGGGUUGCGUUGCUGUGGCAUGCUGUUGCGGUUAGGGUUGGGGUUAGGUUGGUUUGUGUUGAUCGACCCUCGUUUGGAGGUAGCACACCCGUCCCGCUAUCAGAAAGGAUAGACACCUGGCUCCUCACCCUCCCGCCUCUCGUGGACCACCUGGGAUGUAGACACAUCGUCCCCCUCGCCGCCUCAGCCGGGACAAUCUACCUCCUCAACACCCUGCACCACCUCCCCGAGCUCCUCCCCCCCGCCUCCCCCUACGCCGCCAUCCUAACACCCUGGGUGCAUCCGCGGGAUUCUGGGGCGGGGAUCAUGUCGUUUGUGGCGUCGGAUUGGAUGCCUAAAUUCCUCGUCGCCAACCACUGGGACGCCCUCAGCGGGUUUGUGGCUACGAAGCUCUUGCCAGCGUUCGCGGCUAGUGGGGGCGUGAUGGAGGGGAUUGCGGCGCUGGGGGGGGGCCUAUCGAAUCCUGCUGGUGCGCGGAGCGGGGGGGGGGAUGAGGAAGAUGACGAGGCGGCGAUGAAAGCCUUCGGAAUGACGAGGGCGAGGAGGAGCGAGGUCCAGAAGUUGGGGUUGAAAAUGAUGUUCACCGAAGAAACCAGCGGCGCCAACGCCGAAGCCCUCCUCUGUUCCCAAAAAGGCCCCGCUCCAGAAAUAAGCUGGGGCGUCUGCAACGACUACCGCACCUUCGUCCCUCUCCUAUCCGAGCAGUGGGAGGCCCGCGGUGGCGGGGGGGGAAGUUAAAAGUGCAAGCAUUCUUUGCAGAGGAUGAUGCGAUGAUUGGGGG